AUGGGCUUAAUGGUUGCCCUCUAUGCCUCUGUGGCAUCGUUACUUGCUGGCCUUGUACUACACAUCGGCUAUGAAUUGCUGUUUUCUCCGCUUCGCCACGUCCCUGGUCCUUUUCUGGCACGAUUCACAAGACUGUGGUAUCUAAGAUGCAUGUAUUCCGGCAAGGCUGAACAAGAGAUCAUCACGCUCCAUCGUAAAUAUGCAAAACAGGGCCAGUUCUUCGCGCCGGUCGUUCGUCUAGCCCCGAAUAUGUACAGCGUCGUCGAGGCGGACAAGUCGAUAUACGGGGUUCAAACGAAGGCUACGAAAAGUCUAUGGUAUGAGAGCUGGAAACAUCCCGCGCCUGAGCGAUGGACGUUGUUCCCGUUGAGAAACAUCAAACUGCACGCCGAAGUGCGAAGAAAGUUCCAAGGACUGUAUUCGAUGACUUCCAUGAUCUCUUACGAGACGUAUGUUGACGAAAGCGUGGAUGUCUUAGUUUCACGUUUACGGAAGGCAAUCUCAACAGCGCCCGCGGGCGUCAUCGACCUGGCAAAUCUGUUUCAAUGCUAUGCGUUCGACGUUGUAGGCAUGGUGACGUACGGCUCACGUUUCGGAUUUUUAGACAGCCCCGAGAAUGCAAAGUCGAUAUUUUCGGGACUAGAUAGCGCAUUCAAAUACUCGGCGCUGGCGGGCCUUUUCCCAUCCGCACACCCGUACCUGUACAGCAUCAUGGAGCGGAUUCCGGGUAGUGGAGCGGCCAGCCGUAAUAUGGUCGUUGGGUUUGGAAUGCGUCAGCUGAAGAAAAAGCAGGACGAGUCGUCUCAGACGGAGAAGGAAUUCCACAAAGUUGCGACUGGAGAAGGCAACGCCGCCGAACCAGAAGAUUUUGUUACAAAGAUGUUGAACUUACAGAAGAGUGACAAGCAAAGCAUCAAUGCCUACCACAUCUCCAUGAUGAGCUUGGGCAAUAUUUUUGCCGGUAGCGACACCGUGGCCAUCACCCUGAGCGCCAUCUUCAUGUAUCUGGUACAAACUCCGAGAGCAAUCCGCCGACUACGAGCGGAAGUCCAAGAUGCGCAAGCAAAUCUGGCUUCACGCAGUAGAGAAGCGUUGCCUUGCGCAGUUUUGCAGAAUAUGCCAUAUCUUCAAGCUUGUGUCAAAGAGGCACUUCGGUUACAUUCUGCCGUUGGUCUGCCACUGUGGCGGCAAAGUCCUUCGGGAGGAGUAAAAGUUGGAGGAGAGUACUUUCCAGCAUCCGUCGACAUAGGACUGAAUCCUUGGGUGGCGCACUACAAUGCUGAUAUUUGGGGCCCGGAUACAAAAGAGUUCAGACCGGAACGAUGGAUCGAAGCUGAGGCAGAGGGCGGCGAGCGACCAAAAGUGUUGGAGCGUAACCUAGUGUCCUGGGGACUGGGUUCGCGUACUUGUAUAGGAAAAAACAUCGCCAUGCUCGAGAUGACGAAGUUGAUUCCACGACUGAUCCAAGAAUUCGAUAUGGAAACGGCCUUUGGAGAACGAAAUUUUAUCACACACAAUCAUUGGUUUGUAAAGCCCAGCAAUUUUUUCGUGAGGCUUCGAGAAAGAGUCUGAUGAAUUAUGCGCAACUUGCCAAUUUGAAGUUUGAGCUAAAAGCCAUGAAUUUUUCAACAUAAUUUGAUUUUGACCACUUAAUUU